AUGUCUUCACGGCUGAGUGGGAACUGCACAUAUCAGAGCGACGAACCGUGGCACAACUCAGGUGACGUAAUGUCGAUCCAUACAAUUUGGCAGGUCGCGCGGGUACGCUUCUCUUGCAGUACCAGAGCGAUCUCCCUCCGCUUGCAGAGAACUCUGUUACUCGACAGGAAUGGUUCAAGCACACGGUACGAAGAUACGACACAACUAGACACGAUGUCGAACACAAUGGCACAGCCGGCUGAAAGUUCGGUGAGCUACGAUCUCACCAGGAAAAGCCACAUGGGGGGAGACUGCAUUCUGAAGCGCUUUGCACAAUGGUUCUGGUCGGUGUGGAUGAUCGCCGGGUCUGGGACCCACGAUGCCCUUGCGGAUCCCGCGAGUCAACCCAAAGCGACAAACGGUGCCUUCGCAAAGACGAACGGAUGUGCUGGCACAGCGAGAGGUGGUUUGUCUACCACUGGAGAAUGCGACACAGGACUGCGGGAACAGUCCUCUGGAAACGAGCAUAGUUAUCCUUGCAAGGCAUGCCAGGCAUGGGGUGUUGUUUGCGAUCAGCAGAGACCGCGCUGCUCGCAUUGCUUGGAUCAGCAGAUACUGUGCUUCUAUGUGGCGCCUCUGCCAAAACCACCGAAGCGGUCAACCAAGCCGCGUUCCCGCCACGUUGAGAUCGUAAAUUCAUCGCCCCGGCUGUUGGCGAGUUGA